UUGGCCCCGCCCCUGGCCCUGCAACUCGACCCGACUGCGACCCCCGGCUCUGACGUCUCGGAAAAUUCCCCCCUGCCCAGGCUCCCCAGGGGAGGGGGUACAUGGUAUGAAAUGGGGCUGAGACCCCUGGCCGGGGACAGAGAAACCCGCCAGAGAACAUUCACAAGGAGCAUCCAUGGACCUCUGGAACUGGUCUGAAGCUCCUGCACAGGAAGUGCCCCCAGGAAAUAGACUGUCAGGGCUGGAAGGAGCUGAACUCGGCUUUUAUUUCCCCGAACUGGCGCUCCCAGGGGACACGCUGACAGCGGAGGCACGCUGGAAAGGUGGCUGUAGGCCGGGACUCCAGGGAGCUGAGGAAGGGCUCCCACAGCCGGACUGGGGCUCCGCGUUACCGCACCCAGAAGCUCCAUGGGGAGCGGAGUCCGCCCCUCAGGCUCUUCCGUGGUCGGGAAACUGGACAGACUUGGCUUGCAGUAGCUCGGACCCUUGGAGGGGCGUCUCCCAGGCCCUGGGCCCCGCCCCUCCCGGCCUGAGCCCCGCCCCCUUCGCUGGUGUGGAGGGGGCUGCGGGCCAGAACUGUACCACCUCCGGGGGAGGGACCAGCUCGUGGCCCGGCGCCCAGGCCGCCGCCAGCUCCACCAACUGGGACUGUUCUAUUGGCCUCGACCGCCAUACCUACUGGGGCAAGGACCUCCGCGGGGAGCCGAGCGCGGACUCUACCAUUUCGUGGGAUGGGCCUGCGGGCUCAGACUGUACCACCUCCUGGGUCUCGGGGCUGCAUACGGACUGCACGACCACUUCAAAAGGGUACCAGACUUCAGAUUUCACCACGUCCUCCGAACCAAGCCAGCAGUCGGGCGGCGUAACCUUGGCUUGUUACCCCAAAAAUAAUCAUCGAGGUCCCAUUCAGCUGUGGCAGUUCCUCCUGGAGCUGCUCCGAGACGGCGAGCGUAGCAACUGCAUCCGCUGGACUGGCAACAGCCGCGAGUUCCAGCUAUGUGACCCCAGAGAGGUGGCGCGGCUGUGGGGUGAGCGCAAAAGGAAACCGGGCAUGAACUACGAGAAAUUGAGCCGAGGUCUACGCUACUACUACCGCCGGGACAUCGUGCGCAAGAGCGGUGGGCGCAAGUACACGUACCGUUUCGGGGGCCGCGUGCCCGGCCUGGCCUAUCCGGACUGCGCCCGGGUUGGACCGGGAGAAACGAUCCAAUAAAACUAUCCUAUCAAACU